CUCUCUCAGAUUAUACGAAAGCAGAAAAACCCAUUAACAGCUCUCCAAAUUUUCAGUGAAGCUAAAUGCAAAUACCCCAAUUACCGUCACAACGGUCCAGUUUAUGCCAACAUGAUCAGCAUACUCGGAAACUCAGGCCGAAUCAAUGAGAUGAAGGAAGUAAUUAAUGAGAUGAAAAACGACUCCUGUGAAUGCAAAGAUUCAGUUUUUGUUUCUGUAAUUAAGACCUAUGCAAGAGCUGGGUUGCUGGACGAGGCAGUGUCUCUUUUCAAGAACAUUUCACAGUUCAACUGUGUGAAUUGGACGCAGUCUUUCAAUACCCUUUUGGAGAUUAUGGUGAAAGAGUCCAAGCUUGAAGCAGCUCAUCGUAUUUUCAUGGAGCAUUGUUGUGGAUGGGAAGUGAGCUCGCGGGUUCGGUCCUUGAAUUUGCUUAUGCUUGCUUUGUGCCAAAAGGGUCGUUCAGAUAUUGCACUGCAAGUUUUCCAAGAGAUGGAUUAUCAAAGUUGCAAUCCGGAUAGGGAAAGUUACCGGAUACUAAUGAGAGGGUUGUGCGAAGAUAAGAGGCUGAACGAGGCAACCCAUUUGUUGUAUUCAAUGUUUUGGAGGAUUUCUCAGAAGGGUUGUGGUGAAGAUGUUGUGAUUUACAGAACCUUGUUAGAUGCCUUGUGUGAUAAUGGGCAGGUUGAAGAUGCUGUGGAGAUUCUUGGUAAGAUAUUAAGGAAGGGGCUCAAGGCCCCUAAGCGGUUUCGCCACAAUCUUGAUCUCAGCCAUUAUGGUAAUGGUGAAGACACAGAAGGCAUUAAGCGUUUGAUCAAUGAAGCUCUGGUCAGAGGUGGGAUACCCAGUUUGGCUAGUUACAGUGCUAUGGCAAUCGAUCUCUACAAUGAAAAUAAGAUUGGUGAGGCUGACAAAGUACUGAAAGAAAUGCAAGACAGAGGCUUUAGGCCAACA